AUGGAUACUAUACAGAAUUUCAAAAGCGCUCCAUGGAUUAAACAGUGUUGGAACUUAUUGAAAAUGAAAAAUAAAUCGGAAGAAAUAUUAAAGCAAUGUAAAUCUUUACCAAAAGAGGAGGGAACUAUAGAUUUGGAUGCUUUAAUUAACAACAGUAAUUCCUUUCCUAUACCAUUUCCGAUAGAUACUGUAAGAUUAUCAGAGUUAAGGAAAAGAAAACCAGUUGAAAAACUGCUCAGAAAUAUUGAAUCAACAUAUGCGCUUGUACAUGAAAGGGUUUUGAGACAAAUGGCCAAUUUCUUAGUUUUUAAAAGAGAAUAUGGAUCAAGUAUUGAAAGACAAUUGUAUAAAGACAUGACAGUUCCAGAGUUUGUAAAUAGGCUUCUACUUAAAAGGGCAGUCACUUUCAUGUAUCCGGAAGAUUUCUAUGUGUUGUUGACUGGGGAAAGAGAUUCAGAGGGCUGGGAGUCUGUAGGUACAUUACAACAGAAGGCUCCCCUAGUACUGGAGAACUGCCUGAGUUAUGACGAGAUGAAGUUGUCGUCUAUGUUGUAUGUGAGCGGGCUGACUUACUGUAUUAAUGAUGGGAGGAGGAGGAACUCGGGAGUCGUGGAGGAGGAGGGAGUGGAAGAGGAGGCUGUUAUUAUUGGUCUAAUAGGUCCACGUUUUGAACGUCAUCGCAAAAUGGAUUACGAAGAUGUUCUUAUAACAAGGGAUCAGAACACUGUUGAAAAUGGUUUCGGACAUGCUAAUAAUACAGAUAGCUGUCUAGGCGUAUGGCGUAUAUCGUCGCAUCAAUCAGAUGUUUACAUUCUCACAUUCAUUCAAAGAAUUGAAGAUUUCCUUAGAAAAGGUUUAAUAAAUCACGUCAGCGAUGUUAAUUUCUCAUAUAUAAGAGUGUCUGAUGACGUCAGAGGUAUAUUUCAACAAUCAUCAAGUAAAACGGUAGCAAGGAAAUUAAUUAGUCACGAAGGACAUCCAAAAGGUGGAAUAAACAUUCAGUUGGAGAACAGAGAGCCUUCGUCCAAGUUGUCAGGCGAACACGCGGGCAAGUUACUAGUCAUGACUUACCCCUGGGACGGAAACGCACACCCGGGGAACGAAUUCUGGAUAGGAAGUCUCACAGGUUCGGGUGACCCAGCGGCCGCGUGUUCAACUCAAGUGUCUGAACUACACAACGCUCACAUCAACACGACGCUCACACGACACACUGUGAGAGUAGCGGCAGAGGGGGGACUACUACCGAUCAGGGAAUACUGUCUCACUCACACACAACUGUAG